AUGCGACCGCAUCUCCUCCUCCUCCUCGCCGCCGCCGCGCUACCGUUGCCGGCCGAUUGCCGCCACCCCGGCGUCGUCCACCACGUGCCGCCUCCGCCGCCGCACCACGGCAAGAGCACCAGCAGCGCGCUAACCGCCGCGCUCGCCGCCGCGGCGUCGGUCCUCGCGCUGGUCCUGCUCUACCUCUGCGCGGCCAUCGCCGUCCGCCGCUUCCGCUCCCGCGGCGCGGUGGGGCGGGAACCGGCGGCGGCGGGGUCCUCCUCCUCCUCCUCCUCGGCGGCGUCCCGCGCCGCGGCGUUCCUCCGCCGUAACGGGCUCCAGCACCACCGCCCGUCCUUCACCUACGAGCAGCUCCGCGCCGCCACCGCGGGCUUCGACGCGGGCCGCAAGCUCGGCGACGGCGGGUUCGGGACGGUGUUCCUCGCGUACCUCCCGCCCGCCAGCCGCCCCGCCGCCGUCAAGCGCCUACACGUCCCGCCGUCGCCGUCCGCGUCGUUCCCUUCCGCAGCCGCCACCAUCACCAAGUCCUUCUGCAACGAGGUGCUCAUCCUCUCGGCGCUCCGCCACCCGCACCUCGUCCGCCUCCACGGCUUCUGCGCCGACCCCCGCGCGCUCCUCCUGGUCUACGACUUCGUCCCCAACGGCACGCUCUCGCACCACCUCCACCGCCGGGUCGGCGGCGGCGGCGGCGUCACCGCGGGUGCGCCGCCACCCCCGCCGCUCCCCUGGCGGACCCGCCUCGCCAUGGCGUCCCAGAUCGCGUCGGCGCUCGAGUACCUCCACUUCGGCGUGAAGCCCGCCGUCGUGCACCGCGACGUCACCUCGUCCAACAUCUUCGUGGAGGCCGACAUGCGCGCCCGCCUUGGCGACUUCGGCCUCUCGCGGCUCCUGGCGCCGCCGGACGCGUGCUCCACGGGGACCGCCCGCGAGCUCGUGUGCUGCACGGCGCCGCAGGGGACGCCGGGGUACCUGGACCCGGACUACCACCGCUCCUUCCAGCUCACCGAGAAGAGCGACGUGUACAGCUUCGGCGUCGUGGUGCUGGAGCUCGUCACGGGGCUGAGGCCCGUGGACGUGGGCAGGGAGCGGCGGGACGUGACGCUGGCGGACUGGGUGGUGGCCAAGAUCCAGGUCGGCGAGCUCAGGGAGGUCGUCGACCCGCCGGUGCUCGGCGAGGGCCCCGGCGUGAUGGCGACCGUCGAGGCCGUGGCGGAGCUGGCGUUCCGGUGCGUGGCGCCGGACAAGGAUGACCGGCCCGACGCCCGAGAGGUGCUGGCCGAGCUCAGGAGGAUCCAGACGAUGCUGCCCGACCUUCCCGGCGGCAAGGGUUCUUGA